GCACUCGCGGCCCGGCACUCUUCUGGUCCCCACAGACUCAGAAAGAACCCACCAUGGUGCUGUCUCCUGCCGACAAGACCAACAUCAAGGAGAUCUUAGGCCCCUGGGUUAAGGCCCUCCCUUACGCUGGCCAGUAUGUUGCGGAGGCCCUGGAGAGGAUGUUCCUGUCCUUCCCCACCACCAAGACCUACUUCCCCCACUUCGACCUGAGCCACGGCUCUGCCCAGGUUAAGGGCCACGGCAAGAAGGUGGCCAAGGCGCUGUCCAACGCCGUGGAGCACCUGGACGACAUGCCCAACGCGCUGUCCGCCCUGAGUGACCUGCACGCGCACAAGCUUCGGGUGGACCCGGUCAACUUCAAGCUCCUAAACCACUGCCUGCUGGUGACCCUGGCCGCCAACUUCCCCUCCCAGUUCACCCCUGCGGUGCACGCUUCCGUCGACAAGUUCCUGGCUUCUGUGAGCACCGUGCUGACCUCCAAAUACCGUUAAUCUGGAGCCUCGGUGGCCAUGCUUCUUGCCCCUUGGGCCUCUCGCCCAGGCCCUCCUCCCCUUCCUGCACCUGUACCCCCCUUGUCUUUGAAUGAAGUCUGAGUGGGCGGCA